AUGACUACCGCAAUGAGCUCUCAUGCCGCCUCAAUGUUCGCUCCUGACAUGAAAGGAUUGCAUGUCAUAGAGUUUAUUACUAAUGAGCAACCUUACCCAGCUGAAAAGUUAAUUGAAAAGCUGCAAGAAUUUCAAGCAACAUUUCAAGAAGAAUACGAAGAUUUCAGUGUUGGAUCAUCCAAGAUGCAUUCGUCGUCCCAUCAAUUUUCUGUUCCGUUUUUUGGACAGCAACAAGAUUCUCGCUUAUUUGACGGAAUUGAAUCCACCGCUGAAGACGAUUUAGAAGCAGGUGACGAUAAUGAAGUUGAAGCUCUCAUUAAAAAGAAUGCAAUGAUCAAGUCCGCGAUCGAAAAAAUAAGGAAGGCAACCGAAGAACAGGAAAAGCAAUUGCGCGAUAAGGAGGAAGAAUUGCAAGAAUUAUACGAAACUUUUGCCGAAUUAGAAGAAGAAUUACAAGUGAUCACUCACGAUCAACCUCAUAUAAUGACCAAAUUUGAACGAAUUAGGUAA